AUGACUACGUCUGGAAGCAGACCAUCGAGUUCCACGGAGAAUACAUUCUCCUACGCCGCUGCGGCUUCUGGAAAAAACUCUACCGGUCCGGCAACUAGACCGCAAUCUGCUACUUCGAAAAAUCAUACCGUUUCUUCCAACGGUUCCGCGGGCACACAAUAUCCUGUAUCGGCUUCGUCACCAACAGCGCACAACAUGAACGGCGGUACCGCUCCGACGACAAGGACUUCUACCCCCCACUCAGUUGCAGUGCCGGAUCCCCAUGCCAAGCGAAAUUCGGAUAUGAGUGUCACCGCCCCCGCCACCCCGAUUUCAUCGCCUGGCCUCGGAGCUUUGUCAGCUGUUGUGCCCAAGGAGGAUGAUGCUCUGUCGACUAUAUUGGCCGUGCCGGAAGACAAAGCAAACGCUUGGGAGAAACAGUCCCAGACUUCUAGCCAUGCGGACAACAAGUCUAGCUCUGGAAGUAGAACGCCAGAUGUUCACAGGGGCGGUGAUCUUAUCCCCGCCUCUAUUCCUCCGGUAAAUCCCUGGAAGGUAAGAUCUGAGGGUAUCGGCAGAAAAACCCCUGCCCCGGCCCCGGCAAUCCCCGCACUCCCGAAGUCUAUGGCAAGCCCUAACACUGCCUCCACGAAGGUCAGUGGUGAGAGGUCGGCCGAGCGGGGAGCAGUCGCCGGAAAGGAAGGUUUGGCAGAUGUCCCGUCUGAGGUUCAGGAUAAAGGGAAGGGUGAAGAGCUAUCGAGCACGACUGGGGACUGGAAGGACGCCCAUGCAAAGGAGCGUAGGAAGGGUGGAGAGGCUACUAAGGUUAAUGGUUUUGUUGGAAUUGAUGGUAUGAAUCUAUUGUCGUCCGUACGAUCUUUGUCGACCAAUGAUCCACUAACUUGCACCGAUCUUGUAGGUGGGGUUCCGAGAAAAUCAGGGAAGAAGGGUCAACAAGAGAAAGAGCCGAUCGGUCCCGCUCUUCCUCCUCCAGUAACCGAUACAGAAUCUUGGCCGACACCGGAGACUGCCCAGGAUGAGGCGGAGAAGUACAAGAAGGAGAGAACUGAUAAAGACAAGUCCAGUCCAUCUGUGGCCCGAGGGAACAAGGUUUGGGUUCCAGCGGCUGAGUUGGUUCCGGAAUACGCAUCGUCAUACAAAUCACCUCGUGGGGGCAGAGGCAAUCGUUCAGCUCGCGAGGGUGGUGGUAGGGGAGGCGGGGUUUCUUAUCAGACUGGGGAGAGGGGUGCCUAUGUGUCUGGGUCGGGGCCUGGGGCUGGGUCUGAAAAUGAGCGCGGCCGUCAAGGCGUAGGUGCGAGCGCAGUUCGUGGUGGCUAUCAGAGCGGGAAAGGUGGCAAACGGGCUACAAGUGCUGGUGGAACCCCCCAACGCCGUGAUUCCAAGGCUGCAUUGCCAGUUCCUACUAGCGAGAGAAAAAGAGAGCCUGCGAAAGAUGGUACCGACCCCGAUUCCGGUCCUGGCCAAUCUGUAAAGCCUUCGGUGGCGCAGGGUGAUGGGCAACCUGGUGGCCCAGGGGCCAAGGCAGCAGAUCAGGUAGGAAGCACUCUACAGGGAGAAUCUCGCCAGCCCAACGAGGGCCAGGACCGCAAUUACCAAAAUGGCCAGAACUUCCAUCACAACUCGGAACGUGUGCCUUAUCGGUCCUUCCAUAAUAGAUCCGACCACACGGCUGCUGAAGGAGGUUCUUCACAUCCCCCGCGCGACAGGGGAAUGGAACCCCGUGGGCGUGGUGGCUAUAGGGGGCGGAACGGAAAUUUCUAUGGUUCGCAAUAUUCAAAUAAUCACCACAGCGGUGGUCAUCAGGCCGGUUCCGGCUCUUAUAACUCUACAUCUCAGCACUUCCACCCGGGCCAUACCAAUGGCCAGUAUUCGUCUCAGAACCCACAGGCAUCGGGUAGAUCAUACAGGGGUUCCUCGAGAGCGCAAUCACUGCCAAACCCGGCAGUAUACAACAGGUUUCCCAAUCCUCAUAUGCAAUCGCCACCAUUUAUGCCUUUCCAGAUACCCUAUGGGUAUGAAAUGGUGCCGCCGGGCGAGGCUCCAAUGGUGGGCAUUGCGUUCCCCCCGCUAUCGGAAAUCACCAAUCAGAUGUAAGCUUUGCGCCUGAGCCCACGCCCUGAGUUUUGUUUAAUGCUGACUUUGGUAAAAGCAAUUACUACUUUUCGGUUGACAAUCUUUGCAAGGAUAUGUAUCUGCGAAAACAUAUGGAUAACGAUGGCUAUGUUGCGCUGUCGUUCAUUGCGAAAUUUAACCGAGUUAGAAGCUUGACGCAAGAUGUCAAUAUCCUUAGAGAUGCAUGUAUGCAGUCUCAGGAUUUGUAUCUUGUGCCUGGUCCUGACGAUUGGUAUCUCCGCAAGGCUGAAGGAUGGGACAAGUGGAUUUUGGCCGAGGAGGAGCGUGAACCAUCUGCUCGCGGAUCGCGUGUAUGGCCCGACCCAAGGAUACUCGGUUUACAGAAUGGUGUACCAGGUGAAAUGUCAGGCUCUGCACCGCCCUUCAACCCUGAUCCUAGGAGGAACAGGUCUAUGGGUACUAUAGCCGUUAUUGCCCCUUCGUUUAUUCCAUCUGGAGGGGUCUAUCCCCAAUCUGCAGGUGGCAUGGCAAGCUAUGGGACUCCAUUGUCGGCUGAAGUUCCGGAGUUCUCGCCAUCUUUCGCAAAUGUGAACGGAUUAUCCCAUGCCUUUGUGCCACAACACGUGGACCAGGAGUUUCCCGAUUCCGAUGUUGACCAAUUGAUCAUUGUUGUCAAGCGACCUGCCGGAGAAAGUAAACCGUCUUCACCCGACGCUUCUCCUUCCAAGUCUCGCUCGAAUGGCAUUGCGUCACCAACGCUUGCUAAUGGCGACAUCUCUGGGUAUGCAUUUCCAUGCCCUCUAGUGAUCAAUGCGCAGUGCUUACCUGGUAUAAGGCAUGAUUCUAGCAUGGUAUCUCCGUCCAGCGCAGUUUUCCCUGGAAACUCGGGCGACAGAUCUAUGAAUGCUCAAGGCGAUGUUGGCUGGCUGCUAUCACAAGACGCUCAAGGGAGCGCGGAAACUCCCAAUACGCCUCCUAAAAAGCUUGUCCAUAGGUCUUAUGGUCAAUUCCUCUCUCAGGUUGUCAGCCAGAGGAAAGAGAGCGCCAAGCCUACUAAGAAUAGCGACAUGCUCACCCUGUACCGUUUCUGGUCCCACUUUCUCCCUCAAAAAUUUAAUGGGAGGAUGUAUAAUGAUUUUAGGAAAUAUGCUUUGGAGGACGCCAACCAUUUCUUGCGGUCGGGCUUGGAGAAUCUUUUCAAUUUCUACGAAUCUUCCUUUAAUUAUCGGGAGAGCCUUUGCGAUAGCUUAGUCCAUGACUUCGUUCAAUUGGCGAGGAUCGAUGGCAAGAAUGGAUUUGAGUACGGGCCUCAGAAACUUAAGGCUGUAUUGGGGAAUGAUAACCUGAGGUUGCAUCAUAGGCAGAGCAUUGAGGGGCUUUUAGAUGCAGAGGUGAAUGGCUUUCUUGAGGGUGGAAUUGAGGGGAAGGACGGGCAGCUACUGGAGCUGUAUACUGCGGUAUGAUUUCUUUGAAGGGUUUUAUAUGGUUCCUGCAACUAAUUUCGGCACAUCAGACAUUUACGGUCUAGCUGCAUCGUGGAAGGGAAGCCAUUCCGACCGCGACAUGAAGUUAUUCCGUGCGACAGACAGCGUUACUUGGUGGCUGAUAUGAAAUACAUGAAAUUCCUUGGAUGGAGAAAAAAAUAAUGUUGUCAGCUGGCAUUUGUUCCAAUAAAAAACCGCAAAUUCGGCGUCUUGUUUUCCUUCUCGUUUUCUUGGCUAUGGAUCAUGUCCCUCUUUUUACUUAUUUUCCGUCUUCUCUCGCGAUACUUAGCUAUCCAUUGUUAUCACUUUCAAGUUCAGCGAACCUAGAUAUUUCUACUCUUUUUACUCCGCUUUUUCUGAAAAGAAAUUGGCCUGGUUCUUCUUUCAUCAAUCUUAAUUUUCAUUUGGCGUCUUUAUCGUUUUUUUUUUCUUUUCUGAUUCCAACCUCAACCAAAAUAAUUUCUUUGAUUUGACUCUGGUGUUUUGUUUUAUUUCCAAUCUCUUUUGUUAUUUGACUUUGCUGCUUAGGCCUCUUUGGGCCUCCGUUUACCCCGCUCUGCACUCUACUCUUGCAUAUUUAUAUAUGCCAGGGCAGGAUAUAUUUAUAUCAGCUCACAAUAGGUGGCCUGGAACGUGUGUAUGGCAGGUGUUAGCCACGAAUAGGCGAUGAUGAGUGUUGGGGGGGGGGGGGGGGCAUCCCGGAUAUGUUGAAUGAAUGUGGGGAUACGAUUUCGGAAUGCAGGAUAUGACAAGGGGUUCUCUCUUUUGUCACCCUCUCCAGCACCAAUUCUUUUCCCAUCCAUCUCUUUCUGCUGUAUACAUUAACCAGACAUUCGGUCUUUUUUUAUUUUUCUUACUUUUUUCCUCUCCUCGGUUCCGUUUCGGGCAGACAUUUCGGUUCCCAUGGUUCGCAUCUUGGUGAUAUCGAAACUUACGUAUCCCUUUGAAAUGGAAUAUUCCUUGUAACGGAUUUGCCUUCGUUUUUCCCUAUUACAGUAUCAUCGCUUUAUAGGUUUUCUUUACUCCUUCCUUAUCUUCAUUUUUCAUUUUUCGUUUUCUCUUAUCGGCCGGUGUUUAUUCUUUCUUUCUUUUUUUUUGCAUGGGGCUAAAAUUGGUGUGCAUGGCAUAUGGUUAAGUUUGUUGUGUCGCUGGGUUAGGUUGAGUUGGAUUGGCUUAUGCUGAAGCCGUAGGCUGAGCUUAUGAUAAACAGGGCAACUGUCCGGGGCGUGGUCGGGGUCGGAGUUGGGAGGGUACAAAAAUGGAAAAACAGAUAUGAAAUUUUUAUUUUAUUGCGUGCAACUUUCCGACCCAUCCAUCCGUCUGGCUGUCUGUCUACUUUUUCCGUCUGUGUCCUGUUUGUCUGUUUGCUUGCUUUGCGUGUCCACUUGGUGCGUCAUUGGUGGUCACUCGUGGAAAGUAUGGUCUUGACGGGUUUACCUUAGCUGGGGUUUGGUUUAAUUCCUGGCGAUGCGGGGCCGUUUACUGUUUCUGGGGGGACUGGAGGGUAGGCCUUGGAUAGAGCACGCCGGCAUCGUAUCAUACCAUUCGUAGUCGUCUACGGGUAUUAUCGACCGCUUCCGGCAGGAUAUCAUCCCCGAUCUGUGUUCUUGGUCUUGGAUUCUGACAACAUACUUAUGGUGUACAGUACGAUACAGAUAUUCUAUUAUUAUUGUUAUUGUCAUUAUUAUUAGUUUUACCUGUUAGGACCCAAGGUGUUUAUCAAAUCGGCUCUUUUUUUAUAUAUAUAACUCGUAUCGUGUCGUCAUUCUUACGAUUCGGUAAUCCCAGGAGGGUUCCAAGGACACCUUUUAUUUUUAUUACCUUUCAUCUCCCUCUUCCCUAUUCAAGGUAUGAUAUGUUAUUCUAGGAAUACAUGGUAUUGCACUGUAUUACUCGGGGGGUUUUAUUGUAAUAUAAUUCUCAUUCGUAUCACUAUAGAACGGAUUUGUAACGUUUUUUCUCCUC